CAAGCUUCUCGGUUGGACCUUAACGUGACGAAAGGUUCCAAAUCCUACCCGAAGAAACUUGGCAACACCAAUCCUCUAAUACAGUGAAUCUUCGGCGUGGAAUGAAUCAUCGAUCGCCCAGAUCACCAACCAACAAUCCAUUGCAACCUACCUCUCUCCAAAGAACAACAAGCCGGGAGUGGCCAAUGACUGUGGCGGUGUCGGUGACAUUAGCUAUGGCAACGAAAACGAAGACGAGAACGCGAACGAACGCAAAACCAAACGCAGCACCGAAAACGGCCAUGGCGACACCGCUGCUCUCGGCGGUGUUGCUGGCGGUCCUCGGGCGCCACGCUUCGGCGGCGGCGGGCGGGGGGUCCCCCCCCUACCCCGGCCGGGUCCUGUCCGGCGGCCCCGGGGGCUCCGUGACGUUCCCACUGGUUCCCCACCACGUCCAGGCCGCCCGGCGGGGCCUGUCCGGGGAGGAGCCCCCCGCCGGCGAGCGGCGCCGUCGCCGGAGGGUGGCGGAAGACGCGAACGCCAAGGGGGUGACCAAAGACCCCGAGCAGAUGGGCGUCCUGUACAUGGGCUACGGGACCCACUACGCCGACCUGUGGGUCGGGACUCCCCCGCAGCGCCAGACGGUCAUCGUGGACACCGGGAGCGCCCAGACGGCCUUUCCCUGCGGCGGCUGCAAGGACUGCGGCUUCCCGCAGCACCACCUGAGCGCCUACUUCGAGGAGGCCUUGUCGUCCACCUUCGAGAAGGCGGUCUGCGACGACUGCACCCGCAAGGCCACCUGCAACACCCAGAAGGACCGGUGCGAGAUCGAACAGUACUACACGGAGGGAUCCGCCUGGGAGGCCUACGAGGCAAACGACACGGUCUACGCCGGGGGCUUUCACGGGAAGGCCCUGCUGGAGGUGGGUUCGCCGCGUGGUGUUUGUCUUGUGGUCUAUUGUGUGGUGUUGUCGUGCGUGACUUGGUUGGCCCGUUUCCGUCUCGCCCUGCCUUUGUCUGUGCUCACGCGGGUCCUGCGGCCCUUGUUUUUAUGGUUUCCUGUGUGGGUUUUUCGUUUGGCGGGUUUGGUCGAUUUUCCGCUGCUAGGAACAAGGCGGGACCUCCGACGACCUGGACCCCAGCCACGCGGCGGCCCUGGGAUUUCCGCUGCGGUUUGGCUGCCAGACGAUGGUCACCGGCCUCUUCAAGACGCAGCUGGCCGACGGGAUCAUGGGCAUGUGCGACGGAAAAAACGCCUUUUGGCACCAGAUGUACCGGGCCGGAAAGAUCCACUCCAAGCAGUUUUCCCUGUGUUUUUCGCGGCCCCCCCACUCCUCCAGGGAGGGGACCCUGGCGGGGGCCAUGACGCUGGGGGGGACCGACGAGCGCCUGCACCACCACCCGAUGGUCUACACCACGACGAGGGGGACCCCCAGCAUGCUGCCCCGGAGGAAAAAGAGCGGCUACUUUGACGUCCACGUGCGCAAGAUGUACCUGAGGGCCGGGAGCGGCGGCGAAUCGGCCGCGACGGCGGACCCCUCGGCCAUCGUCCUGGAGCUGAGCGGCGCCGAGCUCAUCAACGAGCUCGGCGGCGUCAUUGUCGACAGCGGGACGACCGACUCGUACUUUAGCUCGGCCAUCCAGAUGUCCCUCCGAGAGAACUACAAGACGCUAACGGGGGGGGCUUCCAGCUUUCACCACGACAAGGUUUCGCUGACCGGGGAGGAGCUCGCGGCCCUCCCGACCCUCCUGAUCCAGAUGGCCGGCGACGAGGCCCUCAACCGAGCCGUGGCCGAGGAGCACGGAGGGCCGGCAGGGGUUCCCGGCCUCGCGGGGGACCUCGAUCCCGAACACCCCCUGGACGUGAUCGUGGCCGUCCCCCCGUCCCACUACAUGGAGCACCUGUCCACCGGACGGUACCAGAACCGCAUCUAUGCCACGGAAAAAUAUCCCGAUGGGUCCGUCCUGGGGGCCAACACGAUGAUGGGCCACGACAUCCUGGUAGGUUCGGGUUUGCCUGGUUUGGUUUGGUUUGUGCGAUGCGGCUCUGCUGCCUCUGCGUACCCUUUCCGAACCGUGCAGACUACCUGCUGAUUGCCUGGCCGUGGAUCGGAUCGGAUCGGAUUUGUCGUCUUGUUUGCUUCCAAUGAAACGAACCCUACUAACCGUUUCUUUUUCCCUCUCUCUCUCUGUCUUUCUCUCUCUCGUUCAAAACGGCGUUUGUGUCGCUCCCCGCCGCUCCCCGUUGUCCCCGGCCCAACCAAACGGUUGGUUCAGUUCGAUCCCACCCAGAACCGCAUCGGCUGGGCCGAGAGUUCCUGCGACUACCACGAGCUGGCCACCAAACACGGAUUCCCGGACGUCCUGGGGGACGAGCUCCAGACCGCCGAAACCAAGGAAGCCAUCGCAACCGAGGAGGAGGAGGAAGAGGAUCAGGUCGAAGCCAAGGAGGCCUUCGACGUGGACCACGUGGAGGCCGAGAUCCAGGAGGAAGAGGCAGUGGCAGUGGCGGCGGGAGCGGAACAUCAACAACACGAACAACACAACAACGACGACGAACAGGGAAACGACGGCCCCGCCGGGGACACCCCCGAAGAACCAACGGCCCCCUCGCUCCGCCCGGCCGACGCCUCGAAGAGCUCCACCGCCUACAUUGCGGAGGGCCCGGAAGGCCCCCAGACCGCCCUGCUGGCGCUGGGCCUCCUGCUGGCCGUGUGUGCCGUGUGCGGUUGCCUGUACCGUCGCUGCUGCCCGCGCGGGCCGCCUGCCAGGGCCGCCUACCACCGGGCACCCGAGAUCGAGCUGAACGGGAGGAGCUCCUACAAGGACGGCUUCGGGGACGAGGACCUCGAGGAGGAGGACGACGACGUCGCGGACGAAUACGGCGACAAGUACGAAUAGAAGAAACCAAAACAAAACGGAGGGCCGUUGGUCUCGUUUUGCCGCACGGGACGAAGAAAAUACCAAAUCCAAA